CCUCCUCCUCCUUCUCAAUACCCACUUUGGGAAAAUUGCAUCCCCUCGAUGAACUGCCCCUACUGCAAUUUGGCUCCCCCAAUUUAAUGGGCUCAAAGCUUUCACAGCUCGAUUUGGUUUCAAUUCAAUCAGUUUCAUUUCUUGGUUUUUCAAGUAGUAUCAAGUCUCAGAGAUAAUGGGUACCAACCAUGAACUGUAUAUCUCUGUUUGGUACGAGGGUUUAUCACAGGUUUUCGUGUUGUGUGGUAGUUUCAAGGAAACUAAGCGAUGGAAGAUUUGGUGAGAUUAGAAGGGAUAAUGGGUGUAAUGGGAAGGAGAGUGUUGAGGAACCCGUGUCGGAAAGUUCUGAUUUUGAUCCAAUUUUGAAGGAGUAUGGCUUGUUAGAGAAUGAGGGUCCUCCCCGGGAGCGAUUCUCGGUUAGGAGAAGCUUUUUCGAGGAUGUGAGGAGGUGUACUUCAAGGGUUCUUGAGGUUUUGGAGAAGGAUGAGCCGGGGUUUGAUGCGAAAGCAGCUCUGGAUGAGCUGGAUGUUAAGGUUUCGGGGCCUGUGGUGAGGGGGGUGUUGUUUGAGAUUUUGAAAGUGGUGAAUUAUGGGAAUAAGAUGCGAUGCGCGAAGCUGGGGUUUAAGUUUUUCGUGUGGUCUGGUCAGAAGGAGAAUUAUAGGCACACUGCGGAGGCGUACCAUUUGAUGAUGAAGAUAUUUGCAGACUGUGAGGAGUUUAAGGCAAUGUGGAGGCUGGUUGAUGAGAUGAUUGAGAAAGGGCAUCCAACUACGGCGCGAACGUUUAAUAUUUUGAUAUGUACUUGUGGUCAGGCAGGGUUGGCUAGGAAUGUGGUGGAGAGGUUUAUAAAGUCGAAGACGUUUAAUUUUAGGCCAUUUAAACACUCUUACAAUGCUAUUUUGCUUUCCCUUCUUGUAGUGAAGCAGUACAAGUUGAUCGAGUGGCUCUAUCAACAGAUGUUGGCAGAGGGUUACUCACAGGAUAUUCUGACCUACAAUAUUAUGAUGUGUGCAAAGUAUAGAUUGGGGAAGUUGGAUCAAUUUCACAGAUUACUUGAUGAAAUGGGCAGGAGUGGAUUCUCUCCGGAUUUUCAUACUUACAACCUCCUUCUAAAUGUACUUGGUAAGGGAGAUAAACCGCUUGCAGCUCUUAAUCUUUUAAAUCACAUGAGGGAAGAAGGUUUUGAGCCAAGGGUUAUUCACUUCACAACAUUGAUAGAUGGACUGAGCAGGGCUGGAAACAUGGAGGCCUGCAAGUACUUUUUUGAUGAGAUGAUAAAAUAUGACUGCUUGCCUGAUGUUGUGUGUUAUACUGUAAUGAUCACCGGAUAUAUGGUGGCUGGGGAACUUGAGAACGCUCUAGAGUUGUUUGAUGAGAUGGUCAUUGAUGGUCAGCUUCCGAAUGUAUUCACAUACAAUUCUAUUAUUCGUGGGCUUUGUAUGGCAGGAAAAUUUGAGGAAGCAUGCUCCAUGCUUAAAGAAAUGGAAUCCAGAGGUGUCAAUCCAAAUUUCACUGUGUACAGCACACUAGUAAGUUACUUGCGAAAUGCUGGAAAGCUUUCUAAAGCACAUGAAGUAAUACAACAUAUGGUAGAGAAGGGGCAGUAUGCCCACCUGCUUUCCAAUCUCAAGAGGCAUAGAAGAUGUUGAAGAGACAUAUUCUUUGAUUUUUGAAGCAUUUACUUGCAAUAUCCUUAGAAGAAAUUAAUUUGAUCCAGCUUAGUUUACAUAAUGUAGCUCCGGCUGUCUACAGUGACACCAUGUACCACCGCUUGUUUCAGUAAUCAUGGAAGCAGAAAAGUGAAGUACGUGCUACUUAUCUUUGGCUUCUAUUUUCGUGCAAACUGAUUGACAUAUAUACGAUGCAGUUUGUCCAUGUGUUCCUCA